AAGAGAUUUGCCCACGAACGAUCGCAACCCAUGGCGAUCUCUCGCGUCGCGACCAGUAUCAAUUCUCCCUUCGAUCAAUAAAUUAAUUCGUUAUACAAACAAGUCCCUUGCGAACGAUCGUCUACAUGCGAGUAAUUCUUUGCGUUGCAGGUGAAAAUAUGGUUUCAAAAUCAUCGAUACAAGUGCAAGAGGCAAGCCAAGGAGAAGGCGAUGGCGGAACAGAACGCUCAGAACCAGAGCGCGAGUUCGCCGCGUCGAGUGGCGGUGCCGGUGCUGGUGAAGGACGGCAAGCCUUGCGGAAGCGGCGGCGGUGGCGGGAACGAAGGUAGCCGCGGAGGUCCUAGCGCGGCGUUGGCGAGUCCUGCCCCGCACAUGACGGCGGCGUCGAGCCCUCACGGGUCCCAUCACGCCGCCUCCUCGGUGUCCCAUCACUCCGUGGUCGGCGUGAGCCACGUGAUGACGUCCAGCCAGAGCCUCCAGCAUUGCUCGUACACGAGGACAGGGGCGCAGCAGAGCAUGCAGCAGCAACAGCAGCCGCAGUGCGGCGCGUACCUGCCGUUCCAAGGUCGGGCCUGGUAGUACAUGCCAUCGACGGUGGGGGCGAACCCCUCCGUCGCUGGUCCAGCUGCCUGGUACCCCAUAGAGGACAGCCCCUAGAAAGAGUACCGCGAACGGACUCCGCUAGGAGCAACGGAGGAGUAACGGAGCCCACUGUCCUUUCGACGGAGGAACGCGGGUGUGUGCUCGACGUCCGCACCGCUGGAGACCGUCCCUCCUCGGCGACGAACUGUAGUGGACGAUUACGGUGUGAAUUGUACCCCCCUCCCAUAGAGGGGGCGCAGAACCUCGAGGAGAGGAAUUAUCCUCGAGAGGAGAACGAGGAAUCGCUAGAAGGCGAUAGGAACGUCCGUUAGAGUCUCGAGGGCCCUGCGCGGACUUGGUGCGCGUUAGACCGCGGGACGGUUACUCGAGGACAGUGAUUACAGCGCGCGUGUCUCUCGCGUGGAUUCGAAUCGCUUCGGGCAUCGGUCGAACGCGAUCGCCUCUGUGUAAAGUACUUAUAUCGUUCGAGCCGGUCCCUUCGAGAAGGGAUGCGACUUUUAGGUGUUCGAUGCCACCCGAGGAUUUAUUAAUACACCGCGAGAGGUGCCUCGAGCUUUCUUCGGGCUUCGAUUCUUGCUAGGGGCGAUUCGAAUCUCGCGAUCGGAGAUAUCGUCACCUUGAAAGGUGAACGAAACCUUUGUAUACGGCGUGUAAGACUCGUUUGCAACGAAACGAACAAUCCAUCGCUUAUAGUAAAGUCUCCGUAACUGCACAAGCUCGGGACUGACCUAGUGCAGUUAUCGCAGAGUUCGUGUACUCUCCGAUGUUUGCCGACGAGCUUCGAACGUAGGGAAGGACAGCGAACAAAGAAGAGGACGUAGCGAAAAUGCAGAGCAUGUCUACGAAAGUAUCCGAUCGUGUUACACUGCUCGGCGAUCGUAGUCUACGAUCUUCCAAGAGGUAUACCCCACAGCGGUGGGGCUCGUUUCCGUGCAUUUAUCGUAGACAGAUUUGUGGAGUUACGGAGACAUUACUGUAUAGUACGUCGUUCGCGACGCUUCGUUUCCGACGCCAGCCAGGAGUCGUCCGGACUCCCUGAUUCGUCGUGACUCUUGCUGGUUCGCGUGGCGGCGAUCGAUCGCGAGUUUGCGAACCUUGAGCGCGAAUGCAAGGGACGAUUCUCGAUAGGAUAAGCUAGACUCGGAGGCUGCACGACUCGAGAGCGAGGAGAUCGGAGUUCUUAAUUCUUCAGGAAGCGACCGAGUCGAUUCCGAGAUAUCCUCGGGUCAAACUCAGAUAUCCUGCCUUCAAAUACCUAUCAAACAUAGAUCCUAGGAUCUCUUUGGAUCUCAAGAUAUUUUCAGAGCAAGGUAGAGCCUCUAUCUAAAAAUCAAAAGAAAGGUUAUUAUUCUAGGAUUCUAGGAUCUUUCUUGACCCCAAAAUAUCUUCAGAUCAAGCUGAGAUAUCCUACCUUUAUUAACGUAUCAAACAUCAUUCUAGGAUCUCUCUUGAUCCUAAGAUAUUCUCUGGCCAAGCUCAGGUAUCUUUCUUCCAGAGAUCUAUCAAAGAUCGUUCCUAGGAUCUACAAGAUCUCAGCUUGCGUCCUCCUCGAAGAAUUAAGGGCACCUCUCCGCGAGCUAAUCGGUAACAAAAUGGAGCGACAGAGCUCGCUACGCGUACACAGAUUCUCUAUGCUGGGAACUGGCGUGGAUGGAGGUGCAACGAAACGUCAAAGCGGAUUGCAAGGCGCGCGAAUAAUCUGUCCGCGCCACUCGAAACGCGCCGAUUUCAAUUGCGAGAAACCGUACACCGGCGUGUUCGAUCGCGUGACUCGGUUUCACCAAAAGCGUCACCCGAUACUGAGCGACAGUGUUGCGAGCCGCUGCAACAAUGCGUUCCGUCGAGGACUAUCACCCUCUGGGAUUUGAAUUUUAGGCGAACCGGGGAACCUGUUGGCGUUUACGUCCAUCGGGGGCUAACAUGGACCGUACGUGAUUCAAUUCGAGAAACGGGAGACAGAAAUCAGAGAAGCUAAGGAUCUCGUAGGAUACUGACUUCUAGGAUCUUGAAUUCUAGGAUACUAAAUACUAGGAUCUUGACUCCUUGAACUUUCACUUGUAGAGUCUUGACUUCUAGGCUCCUGAUUCCAGGAUCUUGACUUCUAGA